AUGUAGAGAGCAUCAGCAGGUCCCGACGGAGGCUUAUAUGGCAUUGCUCUCAGUGUUGCUAAUGAUAGUGAGACAGCAGGCAGAACGCACAGUGCCGAUCCGAGCGCGUCCCGGAUCACACACCCGCACCCGCAGUCGGAGGCGCACGGGCGCGAACGGAAGGACAUCUCCGCUUCAGCGUGUUUUUAUGGGACACCGGACCGCAGAGAAGGGAAGGCGGGCCGUCCAAGAGCGAGAGGAAAUUGCAGGGUCGGAUAAGUAGGGUCCAGUUUGUCUUUCUCCAUCUCUCUCCAUCAGCUCGCUCUCGACAUGGAGCCGAACAGUCCUAAGAAGAUUCAGUUUUCCGUGCCACUCUUUCAGAGCCAGCUGGAUCCCCAAGCAGCUGAGCAUAUUCGAAAGCGCAGACCAACUCCAGCCACACUGGUGAUCUACAACGAGCCCAGUGUUUCAGGAGACGACAGGCAGACUUCAGGCAGUCAGAUGGAGACCCCGAACGCCCAGCUGUCUCCCGCCCAGAGAAAACAGAGCGUUUACACACCACCUACCAUGAGAGGUAGAGAGAACAGUGAUAACCAGCAAGAGGAGAGAGAGAGCCACCAUCCACCCAGACUCUCUCAAAAACAACUCGACACGCUGUCAGAAGAACCUGGAGACAUGUUGCCCCGACGUAAAGAUACACCCUACCAGCACCAGCCGCCCUUCAUACCAGGAGUGAAGUUGCUGAAAAACCAGACAGAUUCUUCCUCAUCUUUCCAAGAGGACGAGGAGACCGGUGAUGAACUAAAAGACAGUUUGAGGGAGUAACGCUGGGUGAUAGAUUACACAGCGAGGUGACGCCAUUCAUAGUGUUGUGUUCAAGCUAUUUUAUUACACAUUGUCACGAUUUUGAAGUAAGAUGUUUUUUCGUUACAUGAAUGUUGGAAUUGUUUGCAGGUGAAAUGUCUCUACAGUAAAUGCAGUUAUUUCACUCCAAAAUGAUGUGGGGUACAAAGGUGUGAGACCACACGAAAAAACAUUUCUCCCCAUUAAACCUGAAAUAUGUUAAUGAUUAGGCCAUUUAAAAAAAGUUUCAAUGUGAUAUUCUGAUACCGAUAAAGCUUGUGAUAUUGGCCAUGUUUCAUAGUCACAUUUUCAGCCGCAGCUCAAGUUGUCAGGAAAGCUCAAAGCAAAAAAGUAACAUACCAGUACUACAAUACUUUUCAAUUCAACUUUUCACUCUAAUUGUUACACUGAUAAUAUUAUAUUGUAUUAAAGUAGUAAAAUGAGUUUUCUCCAGUGGUCUUAGACUUUUUGUUCCCGCUCUUUAUUAUUAUUUCAUAUUUACUCUGAUUCUGUUGAUGUGUUUCAUUGCGUUUUGGUUCUUCAGUGUUUUCUAUGAACUUAGUUUAUUGUGCAUAAAUAAUGAUACAAAUGAGUUUGCAUUAACAUGUAGUCUCAUGAAAUAAUGCAUAUUUGGCGUGGUGUCCGAGGGGAGGGCUCCGAGCUCCGAAUUUUGGCCAGAACCCUUUUACUGGGAUAGAUGCCAGUAGAGACAGAGUCGCGGAACGGCUUUAUAUAUAACGUCUUCUCCGUGCUGAUUGGUUGGAUAACAUGAUCAUGCUCCUCCUGAACUUGGUUAAAUAAACUUCAUAUAAAAGAAUUGCGAAGCCAAUCACAUCCUUCGUGUGAAAAGAGCUUGAAGCUUUAUUAAAACCUCUCACAAAAGCAAUAUUUUUGUAGUUAUCUUAUGGCUGUGUGUUUCAUAUGCAGACGUGACUCUGAAGUCCCACAUGGCUGUUGUACAGCUGACAGUCUUUACCGGGUU